CUAGCAAAUUUGUAUUCACCAGCUGCAUACUGCAUAUUACCGGUUUUAUUAGUUGAGAAAAAGGCUUGGGGGAAAAAUGUUAUUGCUGAAAUAACAGAAGACUAAGAUUUUACUUCUCAACAAAGGUCGCUUUUAACUGGGGGAAAAUGGAAUUUCGUCACCAACCGUUUCAGUAUCCAGGGACAUGUAGUUUAAAAGAACAAAUCGAUGGUGUUGAGCACACGCUAUUAUAUUUGGGAAAUAGGAUUCGCGGGCUUGAAGAUGCUCUUGAAAAUCCAAACAUUGAUCCAACUUUACGUAUCGUUAUAAAAGAGGAGAUUUUGGCAUUGAAAGCGGAUGUCGAUAAAUACAAACAAAAUGUUAAAGCUUUACACAAAGACAAGUCCAAACAGAUGACUGUAAUAACUAUACUAAUAUUUAUUAUUUUAAGUGUAUUUACUUUGUACAGGUUGUUCUACUCAUGGUAUUAGACAGACAGCUUUCAAAUACCGUCAAUUCAAUUUUGUUUGAACUUUUUAAUAUAACACAACCCCAUAACAUCGA